AGUAACUUACCUAGCUAAGUACCAUGGAUGUUACUCACAUAAAAAGUGUGUCUAUCCUGAAUCAAUCACAGCAUCAUCAUUAUAUGGCAAUUUUGACUACACUACUCAAGUUCAACUAGUUUUCAAUAAUUUAAGAGUUCACAUUAGGUAUUGUUUUUCCAACACAGUUUCUAGAGAGCAUUCAUCUGGGCAAUGAUGACGUUAAUUGAUAACUGUCACACCCAUUGAUUUGGUUUUUCAUACCAGCCCUUCCUAACCACACCCAUUCCUAUGAAACCAUGUAUCUUUCGUGCAAGUGUUGUUCGGAGUUUAGAGGUGUCCGCUAUUCGGGGUUAGAUAGAUAGAUAACUUUUUAUUUGGACAGGAAAUGCUGCAUCCACAGUGUGGGUUUUAAUGCAGGUCCUGUCAAAAAAACAACAAAAAGUAUUAAGUUUUAGUUAUUAGUUUAGUUGCAGUCAGACAUUGAAGUGAACGCUGGUACUGUCUCUUGAGGAAGAGAGUUGUACUUUAUUGCUCGAAACCUUUCCUGCAUGAGUGCUCAGUGGAUAGUCUUGGGAGGUGGAGGUUAUCAUGUCCACGAGUUGACACUUGUGCUUGUCUAUAUUCAGAAGUCUUGGUGAAAAGUUCUUGCAUGUACUUAGGUGCAUCUUUAAUCAUGCUGCGGUGGACUUGUACCAGCAUUAGCUCUUCUCUAUGCUGUUCAAGAGUAGUCCGUCCUAGCUGGCUACGCAACGAUGAACUUGGAGUCCUGAAGUAUGCAACGAUGUUCGCAUAGAACCAGACCUGCAGCCAAUCAAUUAAUGGAGAAACACUCCGGAAUGCAACACUCAAGAAGGAGCUCGUCUUGACAGCUCAGCAAACCGGGUAUGGGGAGGCAGACUUGAAAAGACCUACUUUGAUGUAAAAGUGUUCAAUCCCCAUGCCCCAUCAAACAAAGGCUCACUAACAGCUUGCUAUAAGAAACACGAGAGAGAAAAGAAAAUAUCCUACAAACAGAGAGUACGAGAAAUAGAACAUACAUCAUUCACACCUUUGGUAAUGUCUACCACUGGAGGGAUGGGCAGAGAGGCCACAACCUUCUAUAAAAGAUUGGCUUCCCUGCUCUCGCACAAAUGGGACAACCCUUACUGCAAGACUCUCAACUGGUUAAGAUGCCGCCUCUCCUUUUCAUUGCUUAGAUCCUCGAUCCAGGCAAUACGAGGAGCCAGAUCCUCUCGCCGUAAGGCAGUUAUCGCUGCAGAGCUGGCUAUAUACAAUGGAAUCAAUACUGCAACAAUGAACGCCUUACUUGUGUAACUUGUUAUAAUCCUUUUUUGUUUUUUUUUGACGCCCCGAGAUGGAGUGCAAAAAACGAAACAAUAAAACCUUCGAGUCCUAGCCCAGGGUGACCUAGCCUCCUCCACCGUCCCUAGCGGGAAGUGCGGCCUGGGAUCGAGGCUAAGGGUGACCCUCAUGCCGUAGUUCUGGAUGCGAGUUAGAUAGUAUGGUUACAGGUACAAGGCAUGCUGUCCGCUAUAACAGAGGGGUCCACUAUUUAGUGAUAAAUAUAAGAGGUUGGUUCAGAAUCACGCCGCGGGAUCAUCUGCGCGUGCGCGUCCACUUUUAGACACACGUAUCUAGUAGCUACACAGUACAGAGUCAUUUUUCAUUCAGAGAAACAUUGUGACUGUAGAAGAAGCUUCAACUUUAGACUACUUAAACAGAAUGGGUCGUGGCAGCAAGCUGUUUCAUCGCAACAAAGUCACUGUCUUUGAGGAGAUUCACGAGGUGGAUUCUGUAGAGAAGAAAGAGAAAAAGAAGUCUCUCAAAUCGAUGAUGAAGGGGGUCCUAACAAAGCACAACAAAUGCACUGAUCCUGAAACAAAGCUCAAAGAAGAGCAGGAGGCCGAUUAUAGAGUGUACUUCUCUCAAAAGGAAAAGAUUGCUGAGCUCCUGGUCAAAAUGAAAUGGAUGGAGAGAAAGCAAGAAGGAAAGGAGAAGAGAAUCGAAGACAUGGAGGACAAGCAACUCACUUUUGAUGAAAGGAUGCAGCUCAAGGCUCUCAAGAACAGCUCGAAGAGGUUGGAGGACAAAAUAUUUGUCGUGAACACUGAGCUCCGACGACGACGAAUCACCAUCAACCUGCUUGGGAUCGAUGUCAGCAAAAAGAAGGCAUCUUCAAACGAGACACCUGAACCAGAGUUCUUAGCACCAAGGUGCUGGGAGGAAAACAGAUAUUCCACAGACCGGUACACCGUGCACUUGGAUCCAAAGCAAGCAGCGAGCGCCAAACAAUACAUGGAUAUGUCUGUUACCCAGAAGGACAGAGUGUAUGAGCUCAAAGAAAAGUUGGCGUGGAUGGAAAGCAAAUGUAAAUGGAAGCAAGACAGAAUCUUGGCCAUGAAAAGAAUGACAGAGAGCCUGAAUUUUGAUCAGAAAAUUCAACUUAAAGGACUCAAAAGCAGCUUGAAGAGGCUUGAGAAUGCGAUUACUAUAGUUAAGCAGCAAGUGUCACGACGACUAGACACAGUUAGCAAAGCUGAAGAAUUCCACAAGAAACUGGUGGCACUGUAUGUACCUAACCACUCAGUGGAAGGGAGCGCAACUCUACUAGAUAUUGAACUGGAAAAUUGAACGUGAAAAUUGAUACCUUCUAUAAUAAUUAGUUUCUGCACAAAAUGUAUACUGUUCACUUUUCUGUCAUAAUUAUUAUGUUCACUCUAAAAAAUUAGGCCAUGGCAUGACAGUUACAGCAGUUACAUUUUGAUACUUGAUUAUAAUAACCCGUUUUUCAAUACAGUACCACAAAAUAUUUUAAUCGUGAUGGGUGAAGUCGUCUAAUGGGUAAAAAAAAAAGAAGCAGCAGCUAUAUAUAGAGAGUGAGUUUUGAUCAGAAAUUCAGCUAACUACAUCAAUAAGAGCUAUAUAGCAAGUUGAAGAGAUACCUGCACCGAGUAUAAUUUAAUUG